AUGUUGGCCGAUUUCGAAAAUACUGAGUACACUAUGAAUCACAAUGCAACGAUGAUUUGGUUGAACGCAUACGAAACGCACUUGGAACGAGAGAAAAAUGAGUUGAAUAUCGAGAAGCCAGUUAAUUCUUCUGAAUGGUAUCAUCGAUGUCGUGACUGGUUGUUGGUGGCUGGUGGUCGACGGUUAUGGGAGAAGGACAUGGUUUGGGGACAAAAUGAAGAGGACUUCUACACUUUGAAAGCAUUCCGAUUCCAACUGGGUUUGCGGAACUAUCGCACGCCGACGGACCACACUCACAGCUGCAAACUUAUGCGUGAAAUCGCCUCUAGAUACAGUGACUACAAUGUCACCACAUUCCACGAAUACUAUCCGUUCGCCGAUCAGUACCUCGAACUCAAACCGUCGCUGCAGCAGAACUUCACUCUUGGCCUAUUGUCCAUGUUUGCUGUAACGGUGAUAAUGAUUCCGGAUGCCAGAGCAGCACUGGCGGUUGUUCUCUGCAUUGCGAGCAUAAACGCAGGAGUCAUGGGAUUCAUGACGUUCUGGGGCGUGAAUCUCGACAGCGUAUCAAUGAUAACGGUACGUUAUCAGAGCAUCUAA